AGAUAUUAUUUGAGAAAAAAGAUUCGUAGUCGGCAGCUGCCAAUUUUGCUCAACUAUUUAACCCAACUCUGCCAUAAUUGUUUAAAACUUACCCUUCACCUAAACAUUUCUUUUAGAAUUAAACAUGCUUCUAAUAAUUCCCUUCAUUAUCCUCUUCGUUCUUCCUCAUCCUUCGUUGUCGACCGAUCCCGAUCCGUUACAGGACUUCUGUGUUGCUGAUUUAAAUGCAACUGUUUCUGUUAGUGGAUUCCCUUGCAAGCCAAUUUCAAAAGUUAGUGCAGAUGAUUUCUUCUUUGAUGGAUUGAGCAAAGAAGGCAACACAAAUAAUCCAUUUGGUUUUGCCCUCACACUAGGAAAUGUUCUUACAUUGCCAGGACUUAAUACACUUGGCCUAUCCAUGAAUCGUAUCGACCUUGCGCCCGGAGGAAUGAAUCCACCUCACUUGCAUCCUCGAGCCUCCGAAAUCGUUAUCGUCCUUAAAGGGAAGGUUCUUGUUGGAUUUGUGACUGUAGAUAAUAAGUAUUAUCAUAAGGUUUUGAGGGUAGGGGAGGUGUUUAUAAUUCCCAGAGCACUUGUUCAUUUCCAGUAUAAUGUCGGACAUAAGAAAGCAGUUGUGCUUGCAGGUUUCAACAGUCAAUUGCCAGGUGGCGUGCUCGUUGCUGGAAAUUUGUUCGCUUCGAAUCCUCCUAUCCCUGUUAAAAUUCUGUCUAAGGCUUUACUAGUCAAUGAUGAUGUUAUCAACACCAUCAAAUCUGAAUUUAUUAUUUAAGGCAUGUUUGAGAGUAAUUUUAAAAUUGUUAAAAUCUGGUUUUAAUAAUUUAAAACAAAUUUGAUUGAAUGAAAAUCACAUUUAAAAGUGUAAAAUUAUACGUGGAACUGAUAUUGAGUGAACAAAAAUGUAUUUCAAAGUGAUUUUAAAUAUGAUAAAAAUGAUUUUAAUUAUUUUAAAAUCACUCUCAAACAUGUUAUUUUAACUCAGUUUUAUUCUCCAUUUUAUUGAAUAUUUUGAUACUAUUCUGUCACUAGUUGUGUAUUUGCACAAUAAUCAUAUUCAGUCGUGAAUGUGAAUGAAUUAGUUUUACUGCUUAGAAGGCAGUCCUGUGUUAA